GAAUCCGAACAGACCAUAAAGAGCGUAAACACACCCAACACGCUCAAGCGACAAGUGGUUGGCCUAUUCAAAACGCGAGCUCUCCACCUGAUGAAAAACGCGGGAAAGUUUGUUGGUGUUAACGUUGAGUGAGUGUCGCGUGUAAUUGUUUAUCAAAAUGUCGAUACGUUUGCAUAUUAAAAAGGAGCACAUUGAAGGAGUUAAAAAUAGUCAAGUACACUCGGUACCAUGUAAAAUACGCAGUACUGGACCAGCAAAUGUCUCGAAAUAUUUUGUUCCGUACAUUAGAACAACUGACAAUGCUCAUUUUGAUGUUUCUUUUCGUGGAUAUCCACUUCAUGGUAAAAAACUAAGUGUUCCAAAGGGUUACAAAGGAAUAGCAUUUUUUGAAAAAAAUAAACCUGUUAAUCCUGAUAGUCAACGUAAUUUUAAUUCAACGGAAUGUUUUACGGAAUUUACUUACUGGAACUGGGAUAAAUUGCCUUCAAGAAAUGAUGCCUUUGAUGCUGCCCUAGAUUGGGUCGAAAUCGCUGAAGCUCUCCACGCACCAAUUGAAGAGUCGAGUUAAUAGUUUAUGGGUUUAUUUACAUAAACUGCUGUGCCUUAACUAUGAAGAUGAAAAUAUUUUUUAAAUACCAAAUAAGUUCUUAUCGAUGUCAUUUUU